AUUAUUAUUAUUUUUUAAAUCUGGAUUACUUUAUUUCAUAAACUUCAUCUUAAUGUUGUUUUAAAGUUGCAAGAAAUUCCUGGAAAGUUGAUGCAGUGGCUCUGCACUGAUGGACGCGCGAAGCUGGAGGAGGAUUUGAACAGGACUGCAUGUGACUGCAUGCGAGAGCGUGAGUCCGUGUCCAUGAUGCAUGCUUUCCGCGGAAGCUCGCGCUCCCUGCGCGCCGGAUUCCUGGCGCUCGUGCUGUUUUUGCUUCAGGCUCGGUGCAGGAGCAGUGCGUGUCCUGCACCAUGCGUGUGCCACGUUCCCACUGAGGUGCACUGCACAUUUAAGUCCCUGAGCGUGAUUCCAAGUGGGGUUCAGCCAGCCGUGAAAAGAAUUAACCUGGGAUACAACAGUCUAACAAUCCUAAAAGAACAUGACCUUUCAGACCUGGAAAGCUUGGAGUUGUUGAUGGUGCACAGUAACACCAUCCAAACCGUUGAGGACAGGGCAUUCAACGAUCUGAAGUCUCUGCAGGUAUUAAAAAUGAGUUACAAUAGACUCAAAGAGCUACGCAAAGAGACAUUUCAAGGCCUGGACAAUUUGUUGCGUCUCUAUAUGGACCAUAACACCAUCGAAUUCAUCCAUCCAGAAGCUUUCUAUGGUCUGACGUCACUACAGUUAGUCAAUCUCGAAGGCAAUAUGCUCCAGCAACUUCAUCCAGACACUUUUAUAACUCUGAGAUACAACCAGAUAUUCAAAUUUGCAUCUAUGAAGACGAUAUACCUAUCAGAAAAUGCACUGACCAGUCUACCUGCUACACUGUUCAUUGGUUGCUACAAGCUAGAGAAUCUCUUUCUUAGUGGAAACCCUUGGUCAUGUGAUUGUAAAAUGGACUGGCUUGCAGCAUGGAUCAAAAGAAAUCCAGGUGUCCUGAAAUGCAAAAGAGACAGGAAGUUUUCUGGAGAACAGAUGUGCCCCAUCUGUGAAUCUCCACUUACCUCCAGAGGCAGCAAUAUUAUUUAUCUGUCAAGUCAAGCUUACACAUGUUCUAAACCAUGGAUUCAUUCCCAUCUGAAAGAGAGAAAUAUCACAAUGGAGGAGAACAGUAAUGCCCCAGUUCUUCCCAAAGACUUUAUUGCUCCACUUGGGGUAAUGGAAAUGAAAUUCACAGGGCAAUAUAAUAGUGAUGCCAGUGUUGCCUGUGUUGUACAGAGGCCAGGGGGUUUGAGCAACUUGAAUGUCACCCAAGGAGUAAUAGAUGAUAAUGUGACAACACUCAGUGCAACUGUGGCUACGUCACUUAUUUGUAACAUUGAUUCUGAUCACAUCCAUCAGCUUUGGGGAAUUUUGGCCUCCUACACUGAUUCUCCAAUGAGACUUGAGAGGGAGUUACUUCUUACCAAGUCACCAGAAAUGAUCUACAAAUACAAGCAAGCAAGAUCAUCUGAUAGUGAAAUCUUCACAGAGACUGAAGUAGAAAUUAAGGCAAAUCCUGCAUGGUUAAUGCAAGGUACCAUUAACUUACAGUUGGACCUUACUACCACCACACAUUCAACACUCCAUAUUAAAUAUUUGUCCAAUAUUGAAAUGAAUAUUGAAAGCAAUAAAGUGAGAAGAGACCGAUUCGGCUGGACUAUGAUCAAAAAGGACAACCAGACUAAAACUGAGUUUUCAGUCCUUUCUGGUGGGGUGGUUGAACUGAACUGUGAGACCUAUGGUGAUCCCAAACCCUCCAUAGAGUGGAUAUUACCAGAUGGACUCAAGGUGCGUGCUCCAUAUAGCAGCGAGGACCAGAGGAUAGUAAUAUUAAACAAUGGGAAGUUUACUUUAAGAGCAGCAGAUAGUUCUGAUGCUGGUAUUUACCACUGCAUUGCCACUAAUUAUCUAGAUGCAGAUGUAUUUUCUUUUAGGGUUACCAUACUGUCCCCAGAUGUUGAGGAGAAGGAUGUCAAUGGGGUUCAGCUUUCACGAACACUGGGUGGUAGCAUAGUUCUUGACUGUGAAACAAAUGGUACCCCACAAGCUUCAGUACAAUGGAUACUACCAGACCACACUGUUAUGGACCGUUCUUUUGGAAACAAGAAACUCUACCCAAAUGGUACUUUGGCAAUACAUCCACUGACUGAGAGAGACAGGGGAUUUUACCGGUGCUUAGCUGCUAACUCUCUUGGGGUGGAUUUAUUAGCCUCCCUAGUAAUUGUUUCUAAUGAUGGGUCAAAAAUUGUGACACUGGCCAACAGAGAUGGGUCUGCUGAUGAUGUACAGCUGGGCACAGAAGAUAGCCACAUGCUUUACAGGGAAAGUCUUUCUAGUAGAGUUAAUCAGGAAUCAAGGAUAAUUACUUCAGAUAGACCAUACCCUAGGCUCAGGCCCUUACGUCGCAAUGGAGUACCAACAAAAAGAAGGGAAGGUAGCAGACAUAUCGGGUGGUUUAGAAGGGUGUUUAACAAAGCAUCCAGGAGAGUAGACCCAGAGAGAUUAGCAGAUUAUAUCAAGAGAUCUCAAAACAAGAAAUCAGGGAAAGAUAAAGAUGGCAGUAUAAACCCAUCAGAUAAAUCACAAGUUAAUGUAGGACUUUCUGUUGAUGAUGAGAUAGGUUCAGGGAAUAUAGUGUUUGAAGGUGAUGUUUUCAUGCCAGGUCAAGCAAUAUCAAGCUCAGAAAAUACUGUAAUGACCACAUAUCACCGACUAGAGAAUGAUCAGAAUAAUACUGCUGAAAUCACAGAGGUACUAACAGAUGAUAUAAACAAUGUUAUAACAACAACAACAACAGAAAACAUGAGAACAAUCACAACAGGUUCUUACUCUUACACAGAUGCCAGCCCAAUGGUGCCAAGUGUUACUCUUAGUGAUUAUGACUUUCAAAAAGAUGAGACAACACCUUCUACAACAACCCAAGGUUUUAAAGUUGGUCCUAAUAGUAGCAAAUCCUACAGUUCAGAAAGAAGCACAAAAACACCACUGCAACCAUUUACUGUAAAAUUUACAGUUACUGAGACCAUGGAUGAAAUGGGACUUCAAAUUUCGGGAGAUAUGCCAAAUACUCCAACUGAGGCACUGCCACAUCUGAACUCUCACAGCCCUAAUGUGACACCAAUGCUGGACCAAUCAACACAAAGGGUUAACCCAGUGGUACACACUUCUACAGACCCUGAGAGCCAAACCACUUUUACAGCAGUCACUACAACAGAAAGAGAACGAGAUGUGAUUAUGUUUCAUACCACUCAAAGAAUCAAGUCUCCUAGUCUGCCCCCUGGAUCGACCAUCAUCUCCCACCAGCAAAUACACAUCAUUCCUCCCAAUAAAAAGCGACCAGGAAGGAGACGUAAUUUUUUCAGUAGGCGCAGAAUUAUCCGGCCGAACAAGAUUACAGAUAUACAGUCCUUGCUAGAUAAGCUCAAAAGGCCAUCUGUAGCAUAUGAGAGCAAUGCCACUGUUCCAUACACAGUGGAACUGACCACAGAUUGUGAUAAUGACAAAAAAAGAAUGUUUACUGUAAAAUGCAAAACAGAAGAAUAUUCAACUAGCAGAUCUCAAACUCCAAUGUCUUCUUUAGGAAAAGUGGAAAAACUCAUCACAACAACUCUGAGCACCCCACUUAUUACUUCAUCAGUGAUAUCCCUUACAUUUAAGUCCACUACAUUUAAAAGUGAGGGUCAAUUGAAGUCUGAUAGUUCCAAUGAAUAUAUUCACUCUACAAACAUCCCUGAGCAAAAACCUACACAAGAUCCAAUGAAAGAAGUGUCAAGCACUGUUACAACUACAACAACAAAGGCUUCUAAAGUUGUACAGGGAAAGAUACCAUGGCGCAGAUUUUUCGGAAGCAAAGAGGGUCAGCGGGAAAUUCUUAAGAGAAUUAGAAAACCACCUAAACCAUCCAUAACAGUAAAGAGCACAGUAGCCAGAACCAUGACCACAACCGAACCAUCCAGGGUCUUAACUACCCUACCUACAGCUAAGUCAAUGGCUGCACUAAUGACUGCCAUGCCUCCUGUGACACAAAGAAAUUAUGGCAAUGCAGGGGUAUCUUCUGAUAACUUAUCAGGUUCAUUAAAAUUCACAGAAUCACAGAAUUCUUAUGAAGACAUCACUUUAUUUACAACUGCCAGUCCAUCCAACAAAUACCACAAAACAACAGUAAUGAACACACCAGUAACUACACUGAUGUAUGGAUCCAGGGUCUCCACAGCUACAGCAUCCCACAUUACACCAAUUCCUCCAUCCCUAACAACUACUAAAACAACAUUUAAUGAAGAUAUAGUUGAGUUCUCAGGCUCUGACUCUGGAGGGUCUGGGGGAUUUGCUGGUAGAUCUUGGGGAAUUCGAAAGCCAGGUUUCCACAGACGACGUUUAAGAGGAAGAAGGCCAGUUAAAAAAUAUACCACACAAGCUCCAACUACCAAGUCUGCUACAUUUGAAACCACGUCUUUAACACCAGAGACAACUUCAAGAGCAUCCAAGCCCUUGUAUAUACCUACUAUGGAGGUUGCAAGAUCUAUACACACAACUGACAGAAGAGACUUUAACAGUGAAGAGUGGAGAAAUAGAGCCAAACCUACCAACGUGCCGAAAACUCAUUCUGUAGCAAGUGAACCUUCACCAACACAGAGCUUUUCUUAUACAACUAGUACAGCAACGCGAUACAUCACACCACAGUCAGAAAACAAGAAAACCAAAGCAAGAAUGAACACAAAUAACAUAAUUCCCCCACAAAGAGGUGGAAGGUAUCAAAAUCAGAGGCCUGUGAUUCAAAGAAUAAGGCCAAAUUUAACUAAUAGUAACAGGGACCAUCACAAACAACCAAUAACAAUAACUUCUUCCCCUGACAAUAAAAGGGAUGGAUUUAGUAUUGAGAGGACACAACCCUUUGACAGAGUGACUUCAUUUCCGUCCAGCAGUGAUAUCUCUAAUGAAAUUCCAAAUACUUAUGAUCACACCACAGUGUAUAACACUAUAUCGUCCACUACCAAUGGAUUGAAAUCAUCAACAAAGGAUGUAACAUCAAAGCCAAGAAUCAUUGGGGGACAUGCAGCCAGUUUUACAGUUGAGUCAAACUCUGAUGCUUUCCUUCCUUGUGAGGCUACAGGUAACCCUGAACCUGCCAUCAGCUGGAAACGGUUCUCCCCAAGCACAGGGACUACAAUGAUGAUUAAAGGAAAAAUGGGUAAAUUUGAGGUGUUCAGGAAUGGAACAUUGUUGAUCCAGAAUGCAAAUGUCAAAGACCAAGGGCAAUACUUUUGUCUGGCUGAGAAUGUUUAUGGGUCAGACAAACUCAAUGUCAUGCUGUCAGUGGUGACUUAUCCUUCCCGGAUAUUGGAAACAAAGGUUCGAGAGAUCAAAGCCCAUUCUGGUGAAACAGUUGAGUUGAAAUGCAAGACAGAAGGAAGACCAGUGCCAGUGGUGUCAUGGAUUCUAUCAAACCACACUCAAGUCAGGGGUCAAAACAAUGGUCGUGGCAGAGUAACUGUUACACCAGAAGGUACUCUGGUUAUCCAACAGGUAUCAGUAUAUGAGCGAGGACAUUAUAAGUGCAUUGCAAGUAACCCAGCUGGUAUAGAUACAGUGACUGUGCGUCUUCAGGUGGUGGCAGCUCCCCCUGACAUUUUGGAAGAGAAACGACAGCUAGUAAGGGCUGAUGUUGGGCAGAGUGUUUGGAUGCGCUGUACAGCACAAGGAGACCCUCAACCCACUACUCACUGGGUUUUGAUGAAUGGGACAGUUGUAAUGCCACUUCACACUAGCUCCAGAGUGUACUCAUUUCCUAAUGGUACCCUUCACUUGAAAAACCUGGAUGUUUCUGACAGUGGAAAAUAUGAAUGCAUUGCUACAAGUUCCACAGGAUCUGAGCGGCGAGUGGUCACGCUAUCUGUGGAAAAAACAGAAACUGCUCCCAAAAUAAUUGAAACAUCAGGUUGGAGGAUUGAGCUGGCAUAUGGCAGCCAACUUCGUUUGAACUGCUUUGCAACCGGAAUUCCCCAACCCCAAAUUAUUUGGAGACUUCCAUCCAAAGCCCUUGUGGGUCAGUGGCACAGAAUGGGCAGUCGUAUCCAGGUGCUGGAGAAUGGCACACUUGUCAUUGACUUAGUUAGUGACAAGGAUGCUGGAGAUUACCUUUGUGUUGCACGCAGCAAUGCUGGAGAUGACCUACGACUAAUGAAAGUUUCUGUCUCCAUGAAGCCAGCUAAGAUUGAACCCAAGUCUGUUGGGAAGAAACAGGUACCAUAUGGCAAGGAACUAAAGGUAGACUGCAAGGCUUCUGGUGCCCCUGUACCGGAGAUUUCAUGGGGCUUGCCAGAUGGUACAUUGGUCAACAAUGCUCUUCAAGCCGAUGGCAGAAUGAGAAGUCGAUCCAAACGUUAUAUAUUGUUUGAUAACGGAACGCUGUACCUGAAUGAAGUGGGGAUGGAUGAAGAAGGUGACUAUACCUGUUAUGCAGAGAACAGCCUAGGCAAGGAUGAAAUGCACGUUCACAUCACUGUUGUGAGUGCAGCACCUCGGAUACGCCCCUCAGCCCUCACUCAUGCUAAAGUCAAGCCAGGAGGGAAUAUCCGCUUUGACUGUGAAGCCAUAGGGGAACCCAAACCAAAGAUUCUGUGGAUGCUACCAUCCAGUGACAUGAUUGCUGCCUCAAAUGAACGAUACUUGAUACAUGUCAAUGGCUCUCUUGAUAUCCGCAAUGUAAAAUUAUCUGAUGCUGGAGAAUAUGUUUGUAUAGCUCGCAAUGCUGCAGGUGAUGAGACCAAAGUGUACAAGUUGAAAAUGGAUGGAAAUCCACCCAUCAUCAAUGGCUAUUACCAGAACAGGACAGUUGUUAAGGAUACAGCAGAAAAAUAUUCUAGAAAGUUAAUAGACUGCAAGGCAGAAGGAGACCCUUCGCCAAAGAUCACAUGGAUAAUGCCAGACAAUAUAUUUCUCUCAGCUCCUUACUACGGGAGCAGAAUUAUUGUCCAUUAUAAUGGGACUCUAGAGAUCCGUAAUGUUAGACCUACAGAUGCUGCUGAGUUUAUCUGCAUGGCACGUAAUGAUGGGGGUGAAGCUGUCUUGGUAAUACACCUGGAGGUUACCAACCAACUUAUGAGGCCUAUCUUUAAAAACCCCUUUAACGAGAGAGUGGUGACUCGACUAGGGAAAACUACAGUACUUAACUGUUCUGCUGAUGGAAAUCCACCUCCAGAUAUGACCUGGACUUUACCCAAUGGUACCCAAUUGACUGGAGGACCUAAUAGGGGAGCUCAACACCACAUGGGCAGUGAUGGUACAUUUGUCAUAUAUAAUCCAAGCAAUGGGGAUGCUGGCAAGUAUCGCUGUGCUGCAAAGAACAAGGUUGGAUACAUCGAGAAACUGAUUAUUCUAGAGGUUGGACAAAAGCCUUACAUUCUGACACGGCCGAGAGGGAUUAUCCGCAGCAUAUCUGGAGAACCUGUGUUCCUCCACUGUUUGGCUGAUGGAAACCCUCGUCCCAACAUCUUAUGGACCACGCCAGGGGGUCAUGUCAUCAGCCGUUCUCAGAUAACUGGUCGUUACCAGCUAAUGGACAAUGGUACACUGGUCAUCCAUCACACCAGGUUACAUGACCGUGGGAAUUAUAUAUGUCGUGCAAAGAAUAAUCUAGGGGAUGCAGUUCUAACAGUGUCUGUCUUCAUAAUUGCAUACACUCCCCGCAUCACUAAUGGACCCCCACCCAAUAUAAAGACAAUCAUGGGCACUCCUGUGCAGAUAAACUGCAAUGCUGUUGGAAUACCAAAACCAGAAAUCAGCUGGGAACUGCCAGACCGAACUGUUCUCUCCACAGCUGGAAAGGGCCGUUCUGCAGGCAGUGAGCUACUCCAUCCACAGGGCACACUUUUAAUUCAGAAGCCAACAAGAGGUGACUCUGGCCUUUAUAAGUGCUUAGCAACUAAUCAACUUGGGAUAGACACCAGAGUCACAUAUAUGACAGUUAUUUAAAACAGUCAGUGAACAUCCACCAGUGCUCUACAAAUCUUCAAGACAGUUGUCAGACACCAAUAUUUACAAAAACUCUUCUGUAUAUUAAGUGUUGUUAUGGCAUAUCUCAUCAUUUAGAGAGCUAGCAGUAGUAAUUUUUUUUACAUUUAUUUAACCAUGUAUGUCUCUAAAAUUCAUAUGGGUGGUCUACCAAGAAAGCUGGAGAAGGAUGGAAGGAAGGAUGUAUAGUAUGGACUGCACCAAUCUGCUGUUUGGCAUGAAAACAAAUUUGGGACAAGGCCCUGAAGUCUGCAGUCUAAAAGAGGAUUUAUGACUGAGUCGUUUUAUGUUGAAAAGAUAUGUGAUACUAACCUCAGGUGCUGAUGCAUACAGAGCUGUUAUUGGCAUGUAUCAGAUCUCAUUGCUUUAAUUGCUCCCUAAAAUUUUAUUGCCCAUAUAAUAAGUACAGUAAUAUAGUGCACAGCUGACAUUGAUCACCUAUUUUCUUCUAUGUCUGUUAUAGUCCAGUUGAUGUUGAUGUAAAUUAUUUUGCAAGUUAUAACAUUUUAAGAUUGAAUUAAUAUAUUGGGGGGGGAGGAAUCACAGUUUUUAUUAUGUGAUUGAUAGAUCAGUAUACAUGGAUAGUGGUCUCAUUUUUAUAUUUUACUAAAGAAACAAUAAUGUUUAUCAUUAUAUAAAUGGCUUUUGACUUUUUUUUUUGCAAAUACUUAAAUCUGUGUUUAUGUG